AUGGCCAUGAAUUUCGUGACAUUUAAUCAGGACUACAGCUACCUGGCUGUGGCAACAUCUAAGGGAUUUCAGAUCUUCACAACUGAACCAUUUGCCAAGAGCUACGAAGCUAAAGAGGGGAAUAUUGCUGUCAUUGAGAUGCUAUUCUCGACCUCUCUUGUAGCCCUUAUCUUAUCACCCAGACGCUUGCAGAUUCAAAACACAAAGCGACAAUGCACAAUAUGUGAAUUAACGUUUCCAACAACGGUUCUUGCAGUGAAGCUGAACCGCAAGCGACUUGUUAUCGUCCUUGAGGAUCAGAUCUACCUUUAUGAUAUCCAGACCAUGAAGCUUUUGUCCACCAUUGAUACUUCACCAAACCCCAACGCAAUUUGUGCCCUUGCACCAUCCUCAGAGAAUUGUUACAUGGCAUACCCUCUUCCACAAAAAGCCCCUGCAGCUGCAAACACACCAGCACAUGCGCCACCUGGAACAACACAUGUAUCUCCCACAACCGGGGACGUUCUAAUCUUUGAUGCCGUAAAGCUAGAAGCUAUCAACGUCAUCGAAGCUCACCGCUCCCCUCUGGCACUCAUUGCGUUGAAUAGCGAUGGGACUUUACUUGCUACUGCUUCAGAUAAGGGAACUAUCAUCCGUAUUUUCUCAGUCCCAGAUGGCCACAAGCUGUACCAGUUCCGACGUGGCUCCAUGCCAUCACGAAUUUACAGCAUGUCCUUCAACACCACAUCCACACUCCUAUGCGUCUCUUCGUCCACCGAGACCGUCCACAUCUUCAAGUUGACUCACCAAGGACCAUCACCAGACGGCUCUUCAUCGCAUUCUCCAGGUCGGGACCAUGGCUCUCCGCCAAAUAACUAUGGGUAUUCACCCGAAGAGGACGAGACAGGCGGCGAUGCUGGCUCAGAUUCUUCCUUGCGGAAGCACAAUGGCACUUUGAUGGGGAUGCUUCGUCGAACGUCUCAAAACGUCGGCGGCGCAGUUGCCGCUAGGGUGGGUGGAUAUCUUCCCAAGGGAGUCAGUGAGAUGUGGGAGCCAGCGCGUGACUUUGCUUGGAUCAAAAUACCGCGAUUGAAUCCAGGUCCUGGUGGAAACACAGGCCCCGGACCGAUGAGGAGUGUGGUUGCCAUGAGUAGCAACACCCCUCAAGUCAUGGUUGUCACUAGUGAUGGCAACUUCUACGUUUUCAAUAUUGAUCUGUCGAAGGGCGGAGAAGGGACGUUGACGAAACAAUACUCAGUCGUCGAUUCAAACGAUAGGCUGGGCUACACUGCGGAGUACUGA